GACUGAUGUGAUUGGAAGGAAACCCCGUGGACUGCAUUCAGUCAGGCGGCUGAGAGAAUCAGCUGUGGCUUGGUACACUGACAUCUGCCAAUACUCAGUGAACAGUCAUGUCUGAGGCACCUCAGAAGGAACUGGUGCAAAAGGCCAAGCUGGCCGAGCAGGCUGAGCGUUAUGAUGACAUGGCUUCUCUGAUGAAGAAGGUGACAGAGGAAGGCCUGGAGCUGUCGAACGAGGAGCGCAACCUGUUGUCAGUGGCAUACAAGAAUGUGGUGGGUGCCCGUCGGUCCUCGUGGCGCGUGGUCUCCAGCAUUGAGCAGAAGACCGAGGGCUCUGAAAAGAAGGUAGCCUUAGCCAAGGAAUACCGGGAGAAGAUUGAGACAGAGCUGAAAGACAUCUGCCAUGAUGUCCUGGAUCUCUUGGACAAGUAUCUUAUUGCAAACGCUACAGCAGCAGAGAGUAAAGUCUUUUACUUGAAAAUGAAAGGCGAUUACUAUCGCUACCUAGCGGAGGUGGCUACAGGAGACAACAAGAAAGGCAUCAUUUCAAAUUCACAGGAAGCCUACCAAGCCGCCUUUGAUAUCAGCAAAAGUGACAUGCAGCCCACACACCCAAUCCGUCUUGGUCUUGCCCUUAACUUCUCCGUUUUCUACUACGAGAUCCUCAACAUACCUGAAGAAGCCUGCAAGCUCGCCAAGCAGGCCUUUGACGACGCCAUUGCAGAGCUUGACACCCUGAGUGAAGACUCAUACAAAGACAGCACACUAAUCAUGCAGCUAUUGAGAGAUAACUUGACGCUGUGGACCUCGGACAACCAGGCUGAAGGCGAGGAUUCAGAGCCAAGGGAUUGAGCCAGACCCCCGUAGUCAUCCCUGUUGUCCUGCCAUUGUCCUGGCUCAUCUUCAUCAUGAUCAUCAACACUGAGACCACCUCAUUUUGAUCAUUGUCAUCCAACUCUUUCCAUCUUUUUUUCUAUCUAAGGUCUCUCAGUACUCAUCUCAUUCCCAUCGGUUUACUAUUCCUUCUUUUUGUAGUAACUGUGGGGAAAGGGGCUGGGUAGGGGAGGGGAAUUCAAGUGGUGUGGUGGGAGGGUAAAAGUGUUUGGGUUUAGAUGUUUUUGGGUGUUGCAUUAUUAAGGUGCUGGGUGAAAGGGCAGUUUCUUAAACUCAUGAAACAUGCAGCAGGUUAAGUUUGUAGAAGUAAGAAAAUAUUUAAGCUGUAUGUGCUGUACUACUCAUUAACGGUGCUGUUUUUGACCAUCCUUUGAUGACACAUCUGUGCUUGACAAAAACAGGAGCUGCCUCCUUAUAUUUGAGGUGACAACAACUGUGUUUGUACAUGGCAAGGGGAAUAACAGCAGAGGUAAAGACAGUGAAGAUGUGAUUGGGAGAAGGAAGCCAAGAUUUAGUUGGAAGACAAGGUUACAUUCUACAUACUGUUGCUCAACUUUCUACUCUUACUAUCUUUUUUGUUUGUUUUUAGUAGACUGCUCUUGUAUUUUUAUGCAUCAGUUAUGAGGUAUAGAAAACUUUGAAGAACAAAAGAGCACGAGCACACAAGCUUGUAUUGUUGCUGUUUUGUAUUGGCACAGCAGUUUAAAAAAAAAAAAAGAAAAGAAAAAAGAUCCAUCUGCGUAUCUAAUUAAUGCUUUUUCAAAUUAAGACAUUUUGUUUUGUUUUUUCCUUUUUCUCAGUACUUGCCUGAACUGCAUGGUGGUAAGAAGUAGUUUUUGGAGGAUUAAAGGUUGUUGUUGGGCUGGUUAGCUUUGUCUGUCUUUGGAAUUUUCUUACAGGACACCCAAGCAUAACUAAUUUUUGGGGGAAAUGUGUAAUUUCAUGUAAGUGGAAUAAAAAAAAUAAUUUAA